CUCGCGCCCAAAUUGAACAUUCCCCUACACGCGAGGUACGCCUCUGUGUGUGGCACUGUGUUUAUGGUCACCAGACGCAUGUUCAUUCUCCUGUCUGCAGGCAUCUGGGUGAGUUCCUCUGCUGAAGAGCAGACUGAGUGCCAUCGGGUUUCUGCUGUUAUCUGCCAAAUGAAGAGCCCGAAUCCAUCACCAGCAUCGUAUCUCGCGGCCCUUGCGGCAGCCCUGUGCCUCAUAGCCCUCUCCCUCCCCUCAGCCCACUCAUUCACCCUGCCCGCACACAAACCCCUUCUGCUUUCAAGACAGCGCAUGCCAGCCCGGCAUCUACCGACAGUGGUCUUUCAGGAGCCGCCAUCAUCACCGGGCUCAGGCGAGGGCAAGCCGAAGGAGAUGAUAGGGCGCGAGCAGAUAACGCGGGAGAACGACCCUGAUGACUUCUACCUGACGCGGGUGGACCAGAUGAGUGACAAGGACCGUGCACGUGACCCGGGCAUCAUCGGUACGCAGUGACUUGGACCUGAUAGAUCAAGCUGCAUGGUUGCGCGGUUGCUUGCAGGUGUGGCUGUUUUGAUAGCGGCGCCGUUCAUCUUUGUUCUGUGGGGACUGGCCAGCGGGUUCUUCUUGCAGUUCGGUUCGGGGCCGUAGGGGAGGAGACGAAUGGCCUUGGUUAUAUGUACAGAGAGAGAGAGAGAGGUAACGGGGGUGCGUGUCAUCGUGUGGGGAGUGGCGAUCUUGUUCUGAGGUCCCAUGAGCAGCUGGCUCGCGAUGCGACCCAUUUUUGACCAACCACUCGCUCAUCUGGAUGUAUGUGUGUGUCCACAAGUGUUGGGGAUGGGUGGUUCGCUGGCUGCAUGGAUGUACGUGUGCGCGUUUGUGGGUAUACAUGAUGGUCGACAUUGGACUCAUGGGCGCAUCGACAGAUUCCAUUAACAGCCGUGCAGGACAGAUGC